GGUGGGCGCUGUGUUCGGGUCGGGGCUUCGUCUGUGUGGCAGUUCUCGUUACCGGUACAGCUCCCUCAGAAGCGGGUACACGGAGCGGUAUCACGGGGGGAUGGAGCGGUAUCGGGCUGGGGAGAGCAGCAGCAGCGGGGAGCCGAGCUGUGCUGCCAGCAUCAUUUCUGCACCGAGCCGGUGACCGACGGGUACACGGGACUCCUAGUGCUCUUGGGUAGUUUGACGCCGGCCACCGAAUGCGCAGUAUAGGGUCCUUCAGCAGGGGACCUGCACCUUCUCUGGACAGUGCUUGACUCCCACCCCUGGGGGGCACAUGGUGUCCUCCCUGCUUCCCCCCUGGACAGAAGAUGACCAGAUUGAUGUUGGGAGUUACGUUAGAGAGGAUCUGUAAGGCCGUCCUCCUCCUCUGCCUUAUUCACUUUGUCAUUAUUAUGAUCUUGUACUUUGAUGUGUACGCCCAGAGACUGGACUUCUUCAUGCGAUUUAAUGUCAAAAACUCCUCCCGAGUGCAUCCUUACUACAACUUCUCAAGGCCCAAUGGCACUGCCUACGUUGCUGCCACUUCUGUGGGUGAACCGUUUACACCGAGCACCAAGGUAGAACUCAACCAAACUGUCACAGAGAAGCCACUUGUACCGUGUCCAGACACACCGCCUGGUCUAGUCGGCCGUCUGCUGAUUGAGUUCAGCUCACCUAUGACAAUGGAGAGAGUUCAGCGGGAGAACCCAGAUGUGACGGAGGGAGGACGGUACACCCCGUCUGACUGCCAACCCAAGGAUAAGGUGGCUAUCAUCAUUCCCUUCCGACACCGAGACCAUCACCUAAAGUACUGGCUGCAUUAUGUGCACCCCAUCCUGCGGCGCCAAAAGGUGGCAUAUGGGAUCUUCAUCAUAAACCAGUUUGGCGAGGACACUUUUAACCGUGCCAAGCUCCUGAACGUGGGCUUCUUGGAGGUUCUGAAGGAGGAAGAUUAUGACUGUUUUAUCUUUAGCGAUGUGGAUCUUAUACCCAUGGAUGACCGAAACUUGUAUCAUUGCUACGAGCAGCCCAGGCACUUUGCUAUCGCUAUGGACAAGUUCGGCUUUCGGUUACCCUAUGCCGGCUACUUUGGAGGAGUCUCUGGUCUAAGUAAGACCCAGUUCCUAAAGAUAAAUGGCUUCCCCAACGAGUACUGGGGUUGGGGAGGAGAAGAUGAUGACAUUUAUAACAGAAUUACUCUCAACGGCAUGAAGGUGUCCCGACCCGAUAUCCGAAUUGGGCGCUACCGGAUGAUCAAACAUGAACGGGAUAAGCACAAUGAACCCAAUCCUCAGAGGUUCACAAAGAUCCAAAACACUAAGAUGACGAUGAGGAAGGACGGCAUAAACACUCUGCACUACAACGUGGUCCAGGCCAGCAAAUACCCCAUGUACACAAACAUCACAGUGGACAUUGGAAGGCCCCCUCCGCGCCCAGCCAGGGGUUAGGGGGCCGCAAUCUCAUGCACUGGGUGCUUACUUUGUUUCAGGCUCCUCUGAAGACAUUUGUCAUGCUGGAAGUGAUAAUGUGCAGCCAGCUGCAUUGGCCCCAUCGGGGGUGCAACCCAAGGGGACACGCACAGGUUUAUCUGCCGCUGACAGAUGACAUAAAGGAGCUACAUAACCGUAUCUGUCCGGCUGUAGAGCAGAUGUACCAGGGAACAAUCCGCAUGCACAGAGGCCGGCUACACCUCAAUAUUUGUACGAUUAUUAUGGUUUAAAAUCAUUAUUUUGUUUUUCUUAUAACUUGUUAAACAUAUAAAGGGUUUUUCUAUUAAAAAAAAAAAAACACACAAAAAAACAACUCAUCCUGGUGGCCACUUUGAUGUCACUUCCGGUAAAUAAGUUUAAUAUAUCUGUGAGAUGAGAUUUGUCAGUUCUCCCAGCUCUGUGUCAGUUGCCAACGUAAGUGAAUGAUUUUAGCAUGGCAGCUUCUAGCAGCGCAAAUAUGAAUGGUUUACACACUAUCAGGGCUGGCCUGCAGGGGGUACUGUUUAUCAGGAUCUAGCACAUUACCCCAUGUACUGCAGCAAAUAUAUCACCCAGUAAACCUCACUGGUGUAAGAGAAUGAUUUUUUUGUUAAAGGAGCACUUCGGGGCGUCGGGGUGCGGGUGAUUGCAGGCUGUUCCAGUGGAGGAAAGUUUUUUUCACUAAAUCGAAAUCCAAAAAGAAAGGGCUUGUCAGUGUACCUGGGUGUAAUAUAUAGUGAGAAUGAGCAGGUGUCUCACCUGUAGCCUUAUGAUAUGCGCAGAACAACACCGCAUUAGACGUUAACACCACCUACUGAUGGGCACUGCUGUACGUUCUGCAAGUCUAGUGGGUAUUAUGUCUCUUUGAGGGCAUGUCCGUUCUGUAUUCCGUUAUAUGCUUUGGAAGUGUCUAAUGACUGCUGCAUGGAGAAUCUUGCAUUUUGUAGGCUGGAAGAAAGGGAAGGCCAUAUAUAUUUAACUUUUUGUGUGCCACAAACAGCAGACAGUGGGUUAAGCCUUACUAGUGCCCACGGUAUUAUGUGCAGACACCGUUCCCUGUCAGAAGAAACCUCAGUGUAAGAGGAAUUCUCAUUCCAUGUGUACACAUUGCAGUUCCGUUUAAAGGGACACUGAACCCAAAUUUGUUCAUUUGUAAUUCAGAAAGAGCAUGCAAUUUUAAGCAACUUUCUAAUUUACUCCUAUUAUCAAUUUUUCUUCGUUCUCUUGCUAUCAUUAUUUGAAAAAGAAGGCAUCUAAGCUUUUUUUUGGUUUCAGUACUCUGGACAGCACUUUUUUAUUGGUGGAUGAAUUUAUCCACCAAUCGGCAAGGACAACCCAGGUUGUUCACCAAAAAUGGGCCGGCAUCUAAACUAACAUUCUUGCAUUUCAAAUAAAGAUACCAAGAUAAUGAAGAAAAUUUGACAAUAGGAGUAAAUUCGAAAUUUGCUUAAAAUGUCAUGUUCAAUCUGAAUCACGAAAUUAAAUAUUUGUGUACAGUGUCCCUUUAAUUACUGUGUUUUCAUUUACGAGAAUAAUUUAUUGCUUGCCUUGUAUGUCCCUAAAGCAGGCAACAGCCGGAAGCAUUCCCAGUUAGUUGUAAAAUUUAAGACUGGGAAUUGCUGCUACUUUUUCACAAUAUAUGUAGCAAGUGUCAGAUGAAAAGCUGCAUUUUGUUUUACAUGAAUUUACAAGGUGCUCAGACGUCUGCAAUAAGAUACAAGCGGUGAAACGUCUGCCUGGUGCAAAGGCUGAAGCAUAAAAUACAGUGCAGGGUGGCUAGUUAGGUGCCCGCAGGGACAGGGCAUGAAACUGGAUACUGAGGAACAUCAGCCCAUGUUAGCUCUGCCUGUAUACGGGUCACAGAGUGUGAGAGGGCAGAUACUGUAAAGGGAUCUGUCACAGUGAAAGGUAUUAGCACAACGGGGCAAUUUACCAACCCCAGUAUCGGCCCCAAGGCCUCUGUUUGACUUGCUGGAAACAAGAGUUAAGAAGCAGUGGUCUUAAAGGGACAUUAAACCCAAAAAAAUAUUUCAUGAUUCAGAUAGAGAAUACAAUUUUUAAAAAGUUUCCAAUUUACUUCUAUUAUCAAAUUUAUUUCAUUCUCAUGUUAUUCUUUUUUGAAGAGAUACCUAAGUAGGUAGCGUGCACAUGCCUGAAGCACUACAUGACAGGAAAUAGUGCUGCCAUCUAGUGCUCCUGCUAAUGUAUAACAUUGUUGCAAAACUGCUGCUAUAUAGUGCUGCAGACACGUGCACACUUUUGAGCUUACAUUUCUGCUUUUCAAAUAAGGAUAACAAGAAAACUAAGAAAAUAUAAGUAAAUUAAAAAGUUGUUUAAAAUUUGAUGUUCUAUCUAAAUCGUGAAAGAAAAAAAUUGGGUUUUAUGUCCCUUUAAGACCGCUGCUCCUUAACUCGUCCGCCGCCUCUGAGGCGGAGGACAGCAAUCCGCUAGAUCGCAUACAAUCAGGUUGAUUGACACCCCCUGCUAGCAGCCGAUUGGCCGCGAAUCUGCAGAUGGCGGCAUUGCACAAGCAGUUCACCAGAACUGCUUGUGCAAUGAUAAAUGCCAACAGCGUAUGCUGUCGACAUUUAUCGAUGUCUGGCGGAUAUGAUCGCUACAGCAGAUCAUGUCCGCCAGACACAUGAUAAAUCGGCCCCAAUGUAUCUACUAUCAGAGAUUCCCAUUGACUGCACAUGAGAUUUGCUGUCUACUGUGCACAAAACUGUUUAACCCCUAUCCUGGCUCCACAAUAAAGUGAAUCUGGCAACCUGUGCCCUCAGCCAAACCCAUCCCACAUGCAGGACUAAGGGCAGCAGGUCACUCAUGCUUUGUCCUCUGGUCAUGUGUCCACAGGAGCAGGGGCGGCCCCACAAAAGCUAUUCUGUAAAUGAAAGGAGUAACACAAUUCUUCAUGUGAUUAGAAUAUACAGGAUGGGAGCAGCAAAUACUGAAUCAAUGAGAUUUCAAUAACUUCAGUUUAGUGUGCUGGGUUUUACUAAGACAACAAGAUUUUAGCUGUAAAAUGACUGCUAUAAAUGUAAAGCAUAUCUUAGAACAGCUGCCCAGGUGGGUGUGUCAGGUGCAGCCAAUCACAGAUUGCAUCAGCAGAGUUUGGACUCCCAAGAAGAAUCUAUCCAAUGUCCCCUAGUAGAGGAGCUAGUUAGCGGCUGACUUGUAGAAGUCAGUAUGUUUCCUGUAAUCAGUUGCUCACAACACUGCAACAUCUACCAUUUCACAAACUGCUUUAGUUUUAGCAAUUUCAUGACACAUGUUUUGUGCGAUGUUUUAUUCUGUAAUGUUCUCAAUAAAACAAUAUAGCGUGAAGACAUUUCACUGAGAUGAAUCCCUUUUCGGACCUGUGCAGGAUGAGCUUCUAGAAAACCAGUUAACACUGCAGCUUUGGAAAUCUUUUGGUAAAAUAUAUUAUUCUUCCACCAGUGUUGAAAUCUCCUGUAGAUGAUAUAUCAGCAAGUCAUACAGUUAUAGCAGAAUAUACUGCAUACCAUCCUAGCACUGUCGCCACUGCUGCCAGAACAUACUUGUAGGACACAAAUUACUGCGCAGAGCCUCUUAGUGAAAGGGAGCCGCUGAGUGUUCCUGUUACCCUCUGGAAUGUUUGGGGGGGAGCUGGGCAGGAAGUCAAUCCAUCCAUUUUGGAUGUGUCUGUUUGUUAUAUGUUUGUUUCUUUUCUAUAACUGUGUAAUGAAAGGUUUGACAAUGAGCUAUUGCAAUCUCUGCCUUUACAGAUUUCAUAAAAUAAUUUACAAACUUGCA